AUGGCUGGAUUCGGGCAGUCACCAGACUAUAGUGAUGCGGGUAACCGCAUCAGCGGCUUCACUAUUCAUGUCCAGAUACCACUCAAUGCGAGGCCAACGUAUUCGUUUGCGCUUGAAUGGGAAAAGAGAAGGCAUCGAAGCAGGUCACGUAAUAAAAGUCAGACCGUAGUAUGCGAACCUGAUUCUCGUCUCAAGAACAAUCUGAAAUUUAUUCUGCGGAAAAUUAUGCAUUGGUGGUAUAUUGCAUUAGGCACCAAUGAGGUGAAGGAGAGGACGAUGGCGAGAGUGUUGGAAUUACCAACAGCAAAAGAGCGUUCACGUGAGCGUGUGGAAAAAGUUGACGCUGUAGCGCAAACCACCAAUGCGGAACCGGCCUACGAUAACCUCAAGGACUAUGAAGAGUGGAUGGACAGUGGUAUGCAAGACAGAACCGGGGGUACGAAAAAUGGUGUUGGAGAUGCCGAGCGAUUCAUCAGGCUCAAAUUACUACUGCGUCAGGACCACCAUGGUAGUGUGAUUGUUGAAAAUGCCUUAUAUGGCCAAAUUCCUGAAAGAUUUACACUUAUUGAAGCGCUCAGAUCCGUUCUUGCCAACGCAGAGCUGCCACCAUUCAGGAGCAACUAUGCCCGUCUAUAUAUGCUUCCCGAAGACGAUAGCAAACCAGCGCAAGAGUUACGCUAUGACACGGAUCGCCUGAGACCACUCAAACAUUUCUGUCGCCACGGAUAUAAGUGUACUCUUAUACUCGAUACCUCCAAUACAUAUAAAAGGUCACCUUAG